AUGGCAGCGAAGAACGAACCGGUGCCUGUCAAUGACAAGGGAGAGUUUGUCAGAAAAGAAUCGGCAUUUCGAAACUGGAUAAAAGAUGACGGAACAGCUGAAUUCAAAGCUGAAUCAAAUCGUUAUCAUCUCUAUGUAUCUUAUGCAUGUCCAUGGGCUCAUCGAACACUGGUUGUCAGAAAACUAAAAGGACUUGAAGAUGUCAUCUCGUAUUCAAAUGUCGACUGGUUUUUGGAAUUGGAUAAAGGAUGUGGGUGGACAUUUGGCAAACGCUCUCCCGAUCCACACCAUUCCAACUUUACUCAUCUGAAAAAUGUUUAUCAGUUAAGCGAUCCAAACUAUGAUGGUCGAGUGACUGUUCCUGUACUGUUUGAUCUUAAGACUCAAAAAGUCGUAAACAAUGAAUCGUCAGAAAUAAUUCGAAUUUUAAAUUCUGAAUUUAAUCGCUUCGCCAAAAAUCCUGAUUUAGAUCUUUAUCCCGAGUCGUUACGAUCAAAAAUUGAUUCACUUAACGACGAGAUUUAUUCAAAAUUAAAUAAUGGCGUUUAUCGUUCAGGAUUUGCCAAAACUCAAGAAGCCUACGAAAGUGCUUUCAAUGAUGUAUUCAACAUAUUGGACAAAUUAGAAGUUAUAUUAUCAGAAUCACGUUAUUUAGCUGACAGUAACAAAUUAACUGAAGCGGAUGUCCGUCUUUGGACAACACUCGUCCGCUUCGAUCCAGUCUAUGUCACACAUUUCAAAUGUAAUAAGAAAUUAAUAACAAAGGAUUAUCCAAAUUUAUACGGAUUUCUACGUGAGAUAUAUCAAAUGAAUGGGAUUAAGGAAACAGUUAAUAUGGAUGAAAUAAAAAAACAUUAUUUUGCAUCACACAAACAUAUCAAUCCAGCGGGAAUCGUACCGCUAGGGCCAGACGUUGAUUACGAUCUACCACAUAAAAGAGACAGUUGA